CUAGUCUCCCCCUCCCCCCUUGAUGAGCGGAGAGAUGGUGAAGCAAACGAUCCAGAUCUAUGCCCGGGUGAAGCCCCUGGCCAGGCGGCAGCAGGCGGGGAUUUAUUCAGUUGGUGAAGAUGAGAAAUCAGCCUCCAGUUUAGAGAUUAUUGUACCACGUGACUUGGCAGAUGGAUUUGUCAAUAAUAAACGAGAAAGCUACAAGUUUAAAUUUCAGAAAAUUUUUGAUCAGGAGGCAAAACAAGAUGCAGUUUUUGAAAGCAUUGCCAAACCAGUUGCGGAAUGUGCUCUAGCAGGAUAUAAUGGCACUAUCUUUGCAUAUGGGCAGACGGGCAGUGGAAAGACUUUUACCAUCACUGGGGGAGCAGAGCGUUACAGUGAUCGAGGCAUCAUUCCCAGGACUCUGUCUUACAUUUUUCAGCAGUUGGAGAAGGACAGCAGCAAAGUGUACACAACCCAUGUUUCCUACUUGGAAAUCUACAAUGAAUGUGGUUAUGAUCUUUUGAACCCAAGACAUGAAGCCUCCAGAUUGGAAGAUUUGCCAAAAGUGACAAUAAUGGAAGACCCUGAUCAGAACAUUCAUCUGAAAAACCUGUCUCUUCAGCAAGCAACCAACGAGGAGGAAGCACUGAACCUUCUUUUUUUGGGAGACACUAAUAGGAUGAUUGCAGAGACUCCAAUGAACCAAGCCUCAACUCGUUCCCACUGCAUCUUCACCAUUCACAUCUCAAGCAAGGAACCAGGAUCCACAACCAUCCGACGCUCCAAGCUACACUUAGUAGACCUGGCUGGUUCAGAGCGUGUUGCAAAGACUGGAGUUGGAGGCCAACUCCUGACAGAGGCCAAAUAUAUCAAUCUGUCAUUACACUACUUGGAACAGGUAAUAAUUGCCCUAGCAGAGAAACAUCGAUCUCACAUUCCCUACAGGAACUCUAUGAUGACUUCGGUGCUCAGAGACAGCCUGGGAGGAAACUGCAUGACCACCAUGAUUGCAACACUCUCUUUAGACAAAAGAAACAUAGAUGAAUCUAUAUCAACCUGCAGAUUUGCACAGCGAGUUGCACUUAUUAAGAAUGAGGCAGUUCUUAAUGAAGAAAUUGACCCUAGACUGAUGAUUAUCCAGCUGAAGAAGGUGAUCCAGGAACUGAAGGAUGAGCUGGCCAUGGUAACUGGGGAGCAAAGAACAGAAGAACUCACACAAGAAGAGCUACUUCAGCUUAAUGAGAUCAUUAAAACUUUUCUGGAAGAUCCUGAUCCUGAGAGCAUGCUGGAUGUUGGAGCUGAUAUGCGCAAGAUCAAGCACUGUUUCAAUUACAUAAAGCAACUGAUAAAUCGUACAAACAUUCCUGACAGAAGUCUGCUCUCACCAGACAUCACUGGAGAUGAGGAUACUAAUAUCCCAGAGAAGAAAGAGGAGCUAAAGAAGUUGAGAGACCUUCUGCACCAAAGAGAUAAUGAAAUCAAUAUUCUAGUAAGUAUGUUAAAGAAAGAAAAAAAGAAAACACAGGAUGCCCUUUUUCAGCUCAGCACUGGAUUUAGUGGUCUUGCAGUCUCGGAGAGUUCCCUUUCUAUAAGCUUGGAAGAAGGUCAGAGGCCAUCUGCCUGUGUUAAUGUGAAAGAUACACAAGAUUUCAGCUCCUCAGUACAUAGAACUGCUUUUCUUCCCAGGCAAACAGGAUCAGGAGGAGAAAUGUCACUUGGACGUCAGGAGGCUUUUGAAAUUUUCAAGAGGGAUUAUGUGGACAGCAUAACCAUCGAGGACAACAAACAGCUUCUUAAACAGAGGUUUGCUGAAGCAAAAUCUCUCGGAGAAAAAGUAAAUGAAGUAAGAAAUAAAAUAAACCAUCUGAAAGGAGAGAUAACCCAGCGGCACAUGCAAAGGGCAGCUCUAGGUGUUGCCAGUCCUUCUGAAGAUCUACAUGAAUCUGAUCCCGGGGAAGAGAAGCUUCGAGCACAAAUUGAAGAAGAGAAAAAAAGUUAUAAAACAAUGUUCAAUCACUUGAAAGGGUUGAAGAUAGAGAUUGAACACUUGCAGCUUCUUAUGGAAAAAGCCAAGGUGAAACUGCAAAAAGACUUUGAAGUCUGGUGGUCUGAGGAGGCAUCGAAUCUGCAGGACCAGCAAGAGAAACUACCAGUGAGCAAUUCAGCAAGUGCCUUGAGGGCUUCCCCCCAGUCUCUUGAAUCCCAGCAACAUCUGUAUACUAACAGUUUUUCAGAUACCAGUAGAGUCAACCCCAAUGAAGAUCGUGGUAGGAAAAACAACUUGAGCAGGAUCAGCAACUCAGCUUCAAAUACAAGGACCCCUCGGAGUUCAAGUUCGUCUAUCCCACUCACUGGAGACAGCCAGACUGAUGCUGACAUUCUUGCUUUCAUUAAAGCCAGACAGAAUCUCCUGCAGAAGAAAGGCUUGGGGAACAAGUGAAUUUCUUGUUGCACUCCAAUACUCCCUCUGUAAAUGAAGAAAAAUGGACAAUUCAAAAAUCUCUCCUCUUCCCCCACCUUCUCUCUUUAAGAACCAGGAACAGCUCACCACUUUGGGUCUGCAGCUUGACUGAGAAAAAAGAGUGACUUGUGUAUGUCACACCUGUGCAAUCAUCUCUUCAGCAUGGACAAAGAUCAAGCCCAACUGAAGCAAUGAGACAGGAAAAAAAAAUGUUUUGUUUAUUGGGAAUGUUAUGGUUAUUUUGUAAAACAUCAAAAUUAGUUAGCACUUUUUAAAACCACUUUUCCAUCACUACUAUAAGUGGAACAUUUCUUUGCUGCUGAUGCAGUUUUUUCUCUUUUUCUGAUUGUACUUUGGAAGCCUAUGAAUAUAGUUAUAUGAAAUUCAACAGUUUUGUCCACAGGUGUUUGUACAAACAUUGUUGGGUUUGAUUCAGGUGGGUUUCACAGUUGUGCUGUGCAAAAAUAGUAAAUAUUUGGGUCAUGAAAUUUAGUAGUUUUAUUCAGGACCAUUGAUUAAUGCCAGCACAUCACUUUUAUUGUUUUGUUUUGUUUUUUGUGAGAAAGGCAGUUUUGAUACAAAAUACCUGAAAUUUUGAGAUCACGAAUUAUAAUAUGAAAACUGAUCUGCAUUGAAGUGAAAUUUCAUAAAUCAAAGUUUCCAGAAAUGUUAGGUCUUUCACUUGGAUACAUUAAAUUUAAUGUAAAAAUGUAUCAUCCACAAAAUGUCAAGGUUUAAAAAAACCAAAACAACGAUAUCUUGCAGGUUUAAAGUAAAAUCAAGGCAAUUUUUGCAGAAUCCAAACAAAAUAUGAAAAUGUAAAUGUAAAGUUUUAAUGUUUUGUUGCAAAUACUGUUCUUUGUAUAACCUCAUUUUGCAACCCCAUGUCUCACUUUCAGUUUCAGAUUCAAGCAAAUCUAAAACAUAAAAGCAAAAUUUAGUUUCUAAAAUGUACAUAGUUUCAGACUGAAACCACUGUGUUUCAUGCUAUUGAGCAACUUGCAGUAAUGAAAUCUGAAAUCUCUUUGUUAUUCAUGUACAAAAUACAGAUAACUUGAUUGGUAGGAGUCAUGUAUUCUUUAGGGCAUAAACUUCAACUUCAAAUGGUACUAAAUUUUGCAGCAACUGAAAAUUAUGCAAUGAAUUGGAAAAUACUCAAAGCCACAGGUUUUCAUCAAAUGAACAAUUAAAAUAUGAUCAAUAAUGUAAUCUAUUAUUUAAAAAAAAGCAGUGUAUUUCCAUGCAUUUCCAUUUACUGCAAAAAUCAACAGGAGUGCCACAGAAAUCAGUAUGUUUUGCAAAGAAUUUAGCAAGCACCAGCUGAAGUGGUGGUCAAGUCUAUGGUUAUUCAUCAUCAGCGAGGAAGUGGGGGGUUGAGGUUUUGAUAACUUGUAGCAGAAGGGACAUAGUUCUUCCUGCUCUGGAGGACCCAAAACACAAAAAGUUGCACAUGUUAAGUGCUUACUCAUUAAUCCAAAAUUACUUGUCCACCAUUUUUUCAAUGACCACCCCAUAAAGACUGCACCUUCUAGAUAGCUCCUAUUUCUGUAUGACAGUUGGGUUGACUGUAGCAUACUAAUGCUACCUGUCUUGAUAGUCCCUCUUCAGAUAAUCUCCUGAGUCACUGGAAAGGGCCCUGGUGUUUACCAAGAGGAAGGUACAGUCAGUGGCAUCCGUUUAUAUUUGGAUUUGAGCCUGCCUAGCCACCUGUUAAACAGUUUUUCUAAGUAAAGAGGUUUUUGUGCAUGACUGAGUACUGUCUGUUGACCGUGAUAUCUAGCCAGUGGUUAUGCAAACUUGUAGAUAUAGUAAAUUCUGUUUACUUAACGUCUCCAACCAGAGCAAGCUGUCUUCUAAAUCGAAAGACCUUGAUUGCAGAGAUGUCUUGGGGCAGUAGCAGUACAGUGCUGGGUGCCAUGCAGAUGUUCCCAGGAGGACCUUGUGCCAAGCACCAGGGGCCACAUCAUCCCCUCUUGUGGUACAACACAGACAUUUUCUACACUCGCAUUCCCUUCCACAGGUUUUACCAGAGGAGAAGAUGGAUCUUCACUGAGCUCCCCAAUAGCAUCAUCACUUCUGGUCGGGCCAAAGUGUGUCCACACAUUCAUGGAAAGGGUCACAAAGCCUGCUCCCAUUUGUGGUGAAUCCCCAGGGCUCCACACAGAGGCCAGAGACACCCAUGUGGAUGCCUUGUGCUCUCCAACUCUUACCCCUGGUCACCCCCCUUCCACUGCUUCCUGGCCACGAUAGCUACAGGAACUCUGAGGAAAAGAUGAUACCGCCGCAGGCUUAGCAACUCCUGUAAAGAGGAUUGAACCCAUGAUGACAUAGGCCUAGGUAUCAAAUACUGAGAUUCACACAUAUGGCAUCACCAGUAUGUAUUGUAGCAUCCUCUCUCUGUGAGUUGUUACUCUUCUAGUUCAGCCAAUCUUAGAAUGGAAGUGUUUACUAUCAAUAGUAUAAAUUGAAGCCAUUUCAAAGAAAGAGUUAAGCUUUUGUAAAUGCUAAUUGUUCUAUCUGCUCAACUGGAGAAUAUGGAUGUUGACAAGAUGAAACUCCAGGCAUGACUUGUGCUCGGAGGCACAUUUGAUGUCUCUAUAUAGAAUGUAUUUCUUUUCCAUGUUCAUUUUAUUAAUAACCACAACAAAUCCAAUUUCUAUUUUUAAUAUGAUUUUACAUUAAUCAUUUUGGGGUUUGGUUUAAAUAAUUGUAAAUGGUCUUUUUCCAAUUUUUUCCAUUUCACUUCCUCUAAUAUUUGUUAUGGAACCUCACCAGUGUGGCCAGCAUCACACAGAAUUAUAAUACUAGUUAUUACCAAUGACUCGAUCUGAGGCCAGCACAAUAAAACUAGGAAUUCUUAACGUCUA